AUGGCUCUGGCCUCUGUAGCUGAUGGAGGCAGGAAGACCUCGGAGAUGCCCGCUGCAGAGGCAUCUGCACCCAGCGCGGAAGCCCAGGCAAGGGCGGAGCAGCUGGCCCGGAAGCUCGCCUGGUGCGUGGAGCAGCUGGAGCUGGGCCUCCAGAUGCAGAAACCCACCGCUAAGCAGAAAGAGCAGGCUACUGGGGCAAUCCGAAUCCUGCGCAGUGAAAGAACCCCUUUGCCCGCGAAGAGACAGCUGAUGCGCUCCAUGUUUGGGGACUACAGGGCUCAGAUGGAGGCCGAGUGGCAGGAAGCCCUCCCGGCUUUAAGGGCUGUUGCCCACUCAGCCCCUGUACAGCCUGUAGGUGAGGCCACCAGAAAGAAGAGCCAAAAGGUCUGCAGAUGUCGUCCAGCAGGAGGUACCAAGGCCACUCUGGACAAAACUAAUGAAGAAUUUAGAUUCAAUUUCUUUUAAUCUCUCCCCAUGUUCUGGAAUACUCUUCUCCCCCAGGAUGAUGUGAGGAUUUGUCUUGAAUGCAAGGCUUUUCCAGGAAUUCUCUUCAGCAGAAGUGGGGUUAGUUUAUCCCUAACUGGUCUGUGGACCCGGAGCUGUUGGGCAGGCGUGAAAAUGACAGACGAGCACAAGACCUCAUGUGUCGGUUGUGCUUUUAAAAAUAUGAAUUGGUCCUGUCAGAAGAGAGAUGCAUUUUUGAAAAUUUACUGAUAAGCUUAAGCAAAUGUUCGCUGGAUUGUAGAAAGAAUAUUAUACUCAGCCUCAAGG